GUAUGAAGGUCGGUAGAUGGGAUAUUAUGUUUAAAGGUCAAUUUGAGACGGAAUAUAAAUAAAUGUAAAUAUUAUAUAAUUAAUAAGAAUAUUUUAAUACAAAUAUAUAUAGUGGUGGUGGGUCAUAUGAUUAAGAAGGAAAUUAGAAAAAGAUUGGAAUGUGGAUAGAACUUAAAAAAAGAGUUAAUUAUUAUUUUGAAGCCACUUUUAUUGGUGAAUAUAAUAUAAAUGGUCAAAAAAUAGGUAUUUGGGUAGAAAUGGAUAUAGAGACGAAUGAAAAAAGGGGACAAAAGAGAUAUGAUAAUUGUUAGUAUAAACAAUGA